CAUGAAGUUUGCGGAGUUAUGGUGUCGUAUUCUCUGUAAAUGUCGAACAUGACGGUAUAUAUCUGAGUUUAUAUUUGGAAAAUAAGGUAGAAUCUAUACAUGGAGGCAAUUGUUGAUCCACGCUCGAAUCCGUUCUGCAAACCCUUCACUGCGUCCUCGAAGCCCGUGUGGGCCUGACCACCGAAGAGGCCCAAGUCCUCACCAACCACAUCCUUCAAGCCAAGGCUUAAGCAAUAUAGACCUCCACGUGGAAGCCGAUGACCACUCCAUGAAACUAAUCGAAGAUUCUCUGCGGACACUCCCAGGAAUUCAGGAAACAGGGAAUGGGAAUUGGAAUUUCAAGGACAGAGAGAUUCUCACAGACGCCAGGAAACAAAACACUACUAUAGAUCUUUCUUAUGGAGCUUGCUGCUUAUGUAUGUUCCUGACUUCCUGGAAUUAAGGACGCGCUGGAUGCGAAAAUCGUGAACAUGCUUACAGUUGGGGUGGUUGCACGGUGGGUGCUUUCUACACCGGUUCAGUUUGUGUUGGGGUGGCGGUUUUACUAUGGUUCUUAUAAGGCAUUGCGUCGCGGCACUGCCAACAUGGAUGUUCUCAUUGCGUUGGGAGCAGAGUCACGUAAAUGAGAGCAUGAUAACAGGGGUGGGAUCAGAGAGUGCUCUUUCGCAGAUUGUUCGUCUUGUGGAGUCAGCUCAGAUGGCUAAGGCGCCUGUUCAAAAGUUUGCUGAUCGCAUUUACAAAUACUUUGUGCCUCUGGUGAUUGUGAUCUCGUUCACUACUUGGCUUGCCGCUUGCCUGGUUUUUGGCUGGAAAAUAUCAUGCUUAACCCAAGUCUUGGAUACCGUCUUCUAUGGACAGCUUUGAGCUUGCUCUGAGUUUGGAAUAUCGGUCAUGGUCAUAGCUUGCCCUUAUGCUUUGGGUUUAGCAACGCCAACUGCUGUUAUGGUUGGGACUGGAGUUGGUGCAUCUCAGGGCGUGUUCAUCAAAGGAGGCCAAGCAUUGGAGAGUGCACAUAAGGUGGACUGCAUUGUUUUUGAUAAGACGGGUACUCUCUUGAGGUGUGAAUUUGCCACCCCGGUGCAGUUCAUCAUAAGGAGAAGGUUCUAUGUUGGGGCAUAUAAAGCAUUGCGCAAAGGUUCUGCUAACAUGGAUGUGUUGAUAGUCUUAGGGACAAAUGCAGCGUAUUUCUAUUCUCUUUAUGUCGUGGAAAGAGCAGCUUUGUCUCGGCAUUUCAAAGGCAGUGAUUUCUUUGAGACCAGCUCUAUGCUCAUUUCGUUUAUUCUGUUGGGGAAGUAUUUGAAAGUGUUGGCAAAGGGAAAGACAUCUCAGGCCAUUGCAAAGCUUAUGAACUUGACACCCGAGACAGCAACCUUGUUAACUCAAGAUGAUGAGGGAAGUGUGGUUAGUGAAAGACAAAUUGAUAGCCGGUUGAUACAAAAGGACGAUGUGAUCAAGGUUGUUCCUCGUGCAAAAGUAGCAUCGGAUGGUUUUGUCAUAUGGGGACAAGGUCAUGUAAAUGAGAGCACGAUAACUGGAGAGGCAAAGCCUGUGGCGAAGAGGAAGGGUGAUAUGGUGAUUGGAGGCACUGUGAAUGAGAAUGGGGUUUUGCACGUUAAGGUGACAAGGGUUGGAUCAGAGAGUGUUCUCUCUCAGUUUGUUCGACUUGUUGAGUCUGCCCAAAUGGCUAAAGCUCCUGUCCAAAAAAUUGCUGAUCAUAUUUCUAAAUAUUUUGUUCCUCUGGCCUAGCCACUCCUACGGCUGUCAUGGUUGGUACUGGAGUUGGUGCAACACAAGGUAUGUUGAUCAAAGGGGGCAAGCAUUAGAAAAUGCACAC